AUGCUGGGCACCGGGCAGUGCCUGAGCCUGUGCGCGCGGAGGCUGCUGCGGGCGGCGCUCGGCACCGACCGCUGGUACGAGACGGACCCGCGGCGGCACCGGCAGCGCUUGCGAGGGCGCCCGGCGGCCGCCCCUACCGCUUCGCGGACCUGCUGCUACCCGAUCAUCGGCUCCCGCCUCGACAGCCUCGUCCGCAGGGCUGAGCGAGAGAAGCAGUAUCCUUUUGGAAGGAGCAAGGAGCGGGGGAAGAAGUCAGGCUCCCAUUUAACAGGUAAUAUUUUACGAGUGCUGCUGGUCAUCAGUGGUCCCUGGAGGAUCCAGGACACAGAUGCUGGCAUCGCUCAGAGAUGCAUUGCUAUCAAGUACCACUUUCCCCAGCUGGUACGCUUGCACAACAUCCCCUUCAACCUGAUGAAGACGAUCCACCCAGAUUGGCAUCUGCUCCAUAAGGACUUGAGAAGGAUCACGGGCGGAUUCCUGGGCAUGGCUGCAGGUGUUCUUCUCUGCGGGUGCAUCAUAACAGCAGUCAGCUUCUUUCAGGACGAGAGCCUCACCCAGUAUGUUGCAGGUCUGCUGCUCCUGAUGACAGGGAUAUUUUGCACUAUAUCUCUGUGCACUUAUGCAGCCAGCUUAUCAUAUGACCUAAACCACCUCCCCACAUUCAUCUAUACUCUUCCUGAUGCUGUAGAACAUGGAUACAACUGGUCUGUAUUUCGUGCUUGGUGCAGUCUGGGAUCUACAGUAGCAGCUGGGUGCCUUUGCACAGCUUACCCGUUUGUUAGCAGGGGCAACAUUAUGCAGCUGAAGUCCACCAGAGACUCCUCUAUGUGA